UCUCUAUCUUUGGCUUCCUUGCCUGACUUAAACUUCAGUGUCUUCUCUUGCGACGUUGUCGUUUCUCUUUCUGUUCCUGCAAAGUCAUUGAAAGUUCCCUAACAGCCUCAGGAGCAGAUUCUCUUUGUGAGUUUUGUUGCUUUGUGAAAGUAAGUCAUAAGACAUAAACUAAAGUGUAUCCAUGAAGGGAAUAGCUGCAUUAUCACCUGCAAUGAUCAAACUCAAACAAAUCUACCCUAUGAAAGAAUCACUGGGUAUUGUGGCUACUACAACAUCAAAGAAACAAGGGAUGGAUGUUUCUUUGGAAGAGGGAACGGCUACAAAAGAGAAGGCUGAUCCUAUAGUCGCUUUCAGCCGACCUCCUCCACUUCCGCCGUUUCUUGGACCGUUGAUUGCACUCUCCUUGCUCGAGUCUUGGUCGAGUCACGAUGGGAAUGACGACUGACAGGUGAAGGCCUCUCUUCUCCAGAACUACUGGUAUUUGAUUGGAAACAAGGAAAGAAACAGGAGUCCUUUACUUGAUGAAAAUCUUCAGAAUGUAGAGCACAAUGUGGAAAACGUAACUAUAUACUCGAGCAGUUAACUUCCAAACUGGUACAUAGCUUUGCAGAACUGGGUUGAUGAAUAUUCCGAAAAGUAUGGUGUAAAUUUUUAGUAGCCAUUGUAGUAUAACGUGAGGACUCUUUAGGAACCCUGCAAAUUAAGGAGAUAUGUGUGAACUCUCAAGUGUAUGCACAUAUGAGUUUGGUUUAUAUGAUAAAGCGAGUUUUUGAA